UUUACAAUAUUUGGCGGACAUUUGUCACAAUGUCAAAUAAAGUGGACAAACUGCACAAACAGGCGUUACGGGAACAACAAAAGCGAAUCAAGCCCGGAGAAUGCAUGAAAUACGUGCGACUGGUCAUAGAUGCCGGAUUUCUGGCCAUUCCCGUUGGCCAGGAGACUCUGCAACAAUUGAAUGCGACGGAUUUGAAGUACGAAAUAAGGAGCUUGCCCGUGAGCCACUGCAUCCUGUGGGAACGGAAUGUGGGCCAGCAGACGAUUGCUGUGGGCAACAGUCCCACUGGCCUGGAUGAAGCUUGGACACCGGAAAACCAAGUGGUCCAAUGGCUACCCGAAAGCAGCUUCCAAAAGGCAGUGAAGGAUGAAAGUCUUGUUUGUCUGGGACCCCGAUUGCAGGCUUCAUUUCCGGACUGCCAGUACACUAUUGUCCUACCAACGCUCCGUCAUAGCAAGCAUGGCAACUCGGCCAGCCAGGACGCUCUGAUUGAAAUGCAGUUGCUCCAGGAGCUGCACGUGGAGCAGCUCAAUAAGCCGGAAAGCCAGGAACUAGUGGCCCUGCUGCAACGCUAUACAAAAGCAAUAGCCGAAGCCCCUUACAAGAAACAACGCAGCGAAACAUUGGGAGGCUUCAAGAAGUAUCUGGCCAACGACAAGAAGCAGUGCGUCCGAGUGGAUCAGGGCAAUGGAUACGGACGUCUCUGGCAGCAGCAUCUGAAUCGACUGCCUCUGGUCACCCUAGAAGUGGCCGAGUCCAUUAUAGCCCAGUAUCCUUGUCCCAAGAAACUGAUUGAUCAAUUUUCCAGUGAUCCACAGGCGGUCCAAAGUCUCGCCGAUUUAAAGAUCAAGCGCUGCAAUGGACCUCAACCCCUUCACACCGAACGACGUAUUGGAAAUGUUCUCAGCAACAAACUGUAUACAUUGUAUACUGCCAAGGACCCCAACACUCUGAUCUAGGAA